UGAACUAGGAGUGGUUUAUACCUUACCUCUGGAACUAAACACGGCUAACUAAUGUAAACGGUGCUAGGCUGCUUUGCAAUAACUACUUUCAAACACUUUUUAAAACGAUUUCACAGAUAUAGCUACGAGGUUGCUGUGCCAGUUUAAGGAAACGAAGAGGAAUGCAUAUAGUGCCGUAGGUCUUUGGAAGCGUUUGUUUGGAUCAAAUCUACGCAAAAGGGGUCUAUAGAUAAGAGUGGAUUCUGUUAUUUUGGCAUGUGCUGAGUUGCUGAAACGUUGAGACUCCUGUUGCUGCCAUGCUGCUGUCCCUCCUGCUGUCGUCUCUCCUGGUCGCACACACACUGGCCAAGCUGGACCUGGUCAUCCCCGAGCUGCCGGUGGUGGCCAUGUUCGGCCGUGACGUGGUGCUCAACUGUUCCUUCGAGGGCGAACGCGCCUCGGCCAACCUGAGCGAGCUGAGUGUGUUCUGGCAGCUGACCGACACCAAGCGCUCAGUGCACGCCUUCACGGCCGGUGCAAAUCAGCUCAUGGACCAGAGCCCGGCCUUCGCCAACCGGACCAGCCUGUUCGGGCGUGACGCGCUGGCGGAAGGCAACGCCUCGCUGCUGCUGCGGAGGGUGCGCGUGGACGAUGAGGGCAGCUACACCUGCUUUGUGCGUGUGCAGGACUACGCCUCGGCCGCCAUGCUGCUGCAGGUCGCAGCCCCCUAUUCCAAACCGGUGGUGACGCUGUCGCCAGAAAACGGCCUGCGUCCGGGCGACGAGGUGGCCCUGACGUGCACGGCGUACAGUGGCUACCCGGAGGCCGAAGUGGUGUGGCAGGACGGUGCCGGACACAACCUGACCGACAAUGUGACCAUCUCGCAGGUGGCCAACGAGGUGGGCCUCUUCAGCGUCCGCAGCGUUGUCACGGUGACGCUGGAACCUGACAGCACCUACUACUGCCGCCUCACCAACACGCUGCUGGGAGACGAAGGACACGCGUCCGUCAGCAUCACAGCCCCUGUGAAAGGAGGGUGA